UUGUUUUGGAGAAACAGGAAAAAAGGGAGGAAAGACUCCUUCCAACAGAAUCCUACCACCCAUUCAUUUGAAGCUUUUAACUUUUAUCCAAUUCAUGUCAAAUGCAUUACGAUUUCUUAAAAACCUCAGCUUUCCAUCACUCUGCAGAUCUCCACAUUCCGCCAUUUCCACAGCUCCUAAUAAUAAACCCAUAACCUCCAUGGAAGUAGAAGUCAAGCUCCGUUUACCAAACGCCGUUUCUCACCAACGCGUCUCCUCAAUUCUUUCACCUUAUCACCUCAAAACCCACGCCCAGGAAAACAUCUUCUUCGACGGAGCCAAUUCCGAACUCUCCUCCAAACUCGCCGUCCUCCGCCUCCGCUUCUACGAUCUCGACGCCCAAUGCAUUGUUUCCCUCAAGGCUAAACCCGUCAUUUCAAACGGUAUAAGUCGUAUAGAGGAAGAUGAAGAACCACUUGACCCUUCCAUUGGCCGUGCGUGUGUUUCAGACCCAUGGCGGCUUUUAUUGAUUGAUUCUUCACGGGUGAUUCAAAGGGUGAGAGAUAAGUAUGGAAUUGGGGAUAAGGGUUUGGUUUGUUUGGGUGGGUUUAGGAAUGUGAGAGCGGUGUAUGAGUGGAAAGGAUUGAAAUUGGAGCUUGACGAAACGCAUUAUGAAUUUGGAAUCAAUUAUGAGAUUGAGUGUGAGAGUUCGGAUCCGGAAAGAGCUAAGGAUUUGCUAGAGGAGCUUUUGAAGAGUCAUGGUAUUGAGUAUUCCUACUCUACUGUCUCUAAAUUUGCCAUUUUUCGCUCUGGAAAAUUGCCUCAAUAAGUUUCAAUAUUAUGUUAGCUUCUUUAGAAACUCUAUAUUGCGAUUGAUGUACGUAAAUUUAUAGCAAAAUUUGGACUUCUCAAAAGCCUAAUGGGUUCAGAGUUCUGGAAAGAUUAUUCAGUCCUUUUUAAUGGACCAUGAUUAGCACAUGAAUCAUUGUUAUAUUAGGAAUUAGGACUAUCCUAGUGAGAUUACAAUUAGAUGGCUUUAAGAGAUAUUGUGCAAAGGCUGAUAAUAUGCUAUAAUCAAAAAACGCCAGGGGAUUUGUGCGGGCAUACCGUGCUAGAUAGAAUUAGAAAUGAAGUUAUUCGGGACAAGGUGGGCGUGGCCCCUGUGGAGGACAAGAUGCGGGAGGCGAGACUUAGAUGGUUUAGACAUGUGAGGAGGAGAGACACAGAUGCACCGAUGAGGAGGUGUGAGAGGUUAGUUCUAGAGGGCCUAAGGAGAGGUAGAGGUAGGCCGAAGAAGUAUUGGGCAGAGGUGAUCAGGCAAGAUAUGCCAUUGCUGCAGCUCACCGAGGACAUAACCAUGUGGAGGUUGAGAACAAAGGUAAAGGGUUAGGAUAGGUCGCCUAGCGUUGUCCUAGUCUGUAACAGUAGCUUUAGUACAUGAAUUAGUGUUAUUUAUGUAUUGUCGUAUUCCUUGACUUUUGUGAUUACUUGUUGUUGCUUUCGUUCCGACCUUCUGAUUACAAUACUCAUUUUUAGUUUUGUAUCUUUAUAUUUU